AUGCCUUCAAUUUCGCAACCCUUCAGGGUGACACAGCUACCCAAAAUAUCAUCAUUGAAUAAUUAUGCGAUUCAGAUGGAAUAUUUGCAGGUAGCAGAACCUCUGAGUUUGUUCGAAAACAAAAUCAAUAUCGGUAUAUCCGCCCAAUCAAUAGCACAAUACAUUGUCAAUCCGACGCCGAAACUAAUUUACAAUUUACCAAUUCCGUCAACGCACAUUGUUACGGCUUGCAGUGUCGCAGAAAUUACGUCAGAAGAAAACGACGUUGAGCUACAGGAGCUAUGGUGCUAUGGGCUCGCUGCGAGUAAAAACUUCAGUUUGAAUGCCAUCUCAAAGCCAUCUAUUUCGUCUGCAACAGAAACCCAAGACCAUGAAGAGCAUGUUGCAAAUCAAAUUCAAUUACCGGCGAAGGCGAUUAGCAUACAGGUGAGAGCGGGCGCCAGAAACAAAAUUACAGCGGUUCUCGAAAAUGGUCUUAUUCAAACCUAUGAUCAUAAACUGAGACUUUUAAAAGUCAAUGAUUUAAGUUUUGAAGGGGUCGGUUUGGUAGAGCAUUUCACUAGUGGUCCAAAUCAGGACUUCAUGAUAGUCGUUGGGGACCUGGGUGACAAUAAGGCCUGUUUCAAGCUUUUCGAGCUAGCCGAAGAUCCGAUUGCCAGCGUCGAAUUAAACUCUAUUGUAUUAGAAGACGUGCCAAUUGCGACCAGCAAAUUUUUCUACCAGUUUGGGAAACUUUACAGACUGUGUAAUUCGAAAGUCUCCAUCUAUUCACUACCAAACUUCCAGCUGCAAGCCACAACAACGCUUCCUUUUAUUUCCGAUGGUGAGGUAAUUUCUUUCAAGGGCAUUUCGAUCAAUAGGGCUCUAGUCACAGUGGACAACAAGAUUUAUCUCGUAGAUUUGCUUCAUAAUGCAUUGCUCAGCGAAAGAGCACUUCCAAACUUCAAAACUUUUCAAAUUUUAUCGACUGCCAUAAUUCCAGGGACAUCAAAGGAUACCAACAAAACCUUAGCAAUUGGAGUGUCCACGAAGCAGGGCCCAAACCCAGGGAGCGCUCUGGACUUGUUAAAUAUCGACUGUGGGACCGGUACCCUAAAGGAUUCUCUAGGGAAGAGCUUUCUCAAAAACGAGAACUCGAGUGCCGUGACGAAGCCACUGGUGGAUAGAUUGGCGUCUGAAAUCAAAAUCUACGCGUACCACGAUAUUUUCGCUCGUCUUCAAAAGGCAAAAAACCUCGAAGCUUUUGAUAAGAUAUUUUUUGAAUCUUUGAGCAUAACAUCAGAUUUCUAUACCGAGCGUGACCGAUUUUUGAUGGAUUCCUCCUUUUUAGGUGACACUGUCGGUGCUAUUUUUAAGAAGUUUGACUCACAUUAUCCGCGAGCCCUCACUUAUCUUUUAACGCAUCCUUUGUUUCCGAAAUCACAUACCGAGAACCUUUUAGCCAAUUUGAGAGACUCGCCCCGCUUAUUCAAGCAAGCUGUUGUUACAUGCCCAAACCUACCUUUGGCAGACUUGCUACAGGAACUUUUCACUGUCCUAAAUGAUGAGCUCAGCAUGGAUAUUUCUCUUCGGAUUCUUCAAGACUUUAAUCAAGAUGCGAUUAAAACAGAGAUUAAGAAGUUGAGCAAGGUUGACCUUCACAGUUUUAUCACUUUUGUUACUGGUGAAGCCUUGGAUGAAGAGAAGAGCAAAAACAAAUCGAGACUAUUUCAAUUGCUCUCUUUGGUUUUGGAUGCUGUAGGACUUUUUGCACUUGAAACCGAGACCCUAGAAAAGCUAUCGCUGUAUGUGUCUGAGCAUGUGGAUACCGUUGCGAGAAACAUCGAGUUAUUAGAACUACUCGAUGACAAGAAGAUAAACAAUGCAUUUUCGCCCCUCCUAUCUGAGGGCGUCACGGACAAAGAGCAACCAUAUGCUGCAUAUAGCGUUGAUUAUAUAGAGCUCUAA